AUGGACAAGAACAAAGUAAAUUACGGCGUAUACCUCGUCACAGACUCGACGCCCGCCAUCCUGGGCAACAAAGACCUCACCAGCGUCGUCGAGGCGGCGGUGCGAGGCGGCGCGACGAUUGUGCAGUAUCGCGACAAGCUCAGCGACCGGGCGACGGCGGUGAAGACGGCGAGGGCGCUGCUGGAAGUGACGAGGCGACAUGGCGUGCCGUUGCUGGUGAAUGACCGCGUGGAUGUGGCGGUUGAGGUUGGCUGUGAGGGGGUGCAUAUUGGGCAGGACGACAUAGCAUACGAAGAAGCCCGCAAACUGCUCGGCCCAGACAAAAUCAUCGGCGUCACGGCCAGCUCCAUCCAGGAAGCCCUCAAGGCAUGCGAAGCCGGCGCCGACUAUCUCGGCCUGGGCACCGUCUACGCCACGCAAACCAAAAAAGACACAAAAUCCAUCAUCGGCACAUCCGGCAUCCGCUCCAUCCUCUCGGCCCUCUCCUCCGCCGGCCACGCCGCCAUCCCCACCGUCUGCAUCGGCGGCAUCAACAGCUCCAACGCCACGGCCGUGCUGGUCGAGUCCAGUGCCGCGCCCGCAAAGAGCCUCGACGGCAUCGCCGUGGUGAGCGCGCUGGUGGCGGCGGAGGAUCCCGCAAAGGCGGCACGGGUGCUGCUGACGAAUGUGGCCAUGGGGAGGGUUCCGGAUGUUAUCAGGAGGGUGGCGGCUGGGACGCCGCUGUCGCAUAACAUGACGAAUUUGGUUGUGCAAAACUUUGCUGCUAAUGUUGCGCUUGCUGUUGGGGCCAGUCCCAUCAUGGCGAACUAUGCUGAAGAGGCUGCUGAUUUGGCCAAGCUGGGAGGAGCUCUGGUCAUUAACAUGGGAACUGUGACGCCGGAAGGACUGAAGAAUCAUGUUCAGGCGUUGCAAGCAUAUAAUGCUGCUGGAGGACCUGUUGUGUACGAUCCUGUUGGCGCCGGCGCAACCGCCAUCCGCCGCAACGCCGUCAAGACGCUCCUCUCCUCUGGCCACUUCACCGUCAUCAAAGGCAACGAGCGCGAAAUCCAGACCGUCUACGGCUCCUCCGUCUCCCAGCGCGGCGUCGACUCCUCCUCGUCCCUGUCCAUUCCGCAGCGCGCCACUCUCGCCCGCGCCCUCGCCCGCCGCACCGGCGCCGUCGUCAUCCUCACCGGCAAGACGGACGUUGUCAGCGACGCAUCCCGCACGUUCCGCGUAGACAACGGGCACGAGUUCCUCGGCCAGGUUACGGGUACCGGAUGCACGCUGGGAACGACGGUGAGCGCCAUGGUUGCUGCGUUUCGGAGCGAUGUGCUGGUUGCGGCGCUGGCGGGGCUGGUGCUGUUUGAGAUUGCGGCCGAGAGGGCGGCGGUGAGGGAUGAUGUUCGCGGGCCGGGGACGUUUGUGCCGGCGUUUAUAGAUGAGCUGAGUGCGGUGCGGAAGGAGACUGCUGGGGGAAAUGUUGCGUGGUUGGCAAAGGCGAGGAUUGAGGCCCUGGAGGUGGAGGAGGAGAGUGCAUGA